AUAAUAAGUCUGCAAGAAGUAGCAUAUAGGUUAGUUGAAUUAAGUAGUUGGUAGACAUUUCAAUACUCGUAAUGAUUGCUGUAUACUUUGUACUAGUUAUAACUGUGCUGGCGAGCGUCGACGCCCAUCCUUAUGAGGCGUCGAGCGCGAUGAAACAGCAUAGUAGAGUGAAGCGUCAAAUACCUGGCGCUCCAGGUAUAGAAGACCCCACGGACCCGAAGUACCAGGAAUUGGCCCAAGAAUCGUUUGAUAAGUACCGAGAGACUCACUCUGCUGGUCAGAUAGUAGUCAAGGAUAUCAUAGUUACAAAAGCCACUAAACAGUUGGUGGCUGGAGAUAUGUAUCGUCUUUCAUUCAUCGUGUUCCCUAUCUAUGGCGACGCACUUCACUGCUAUUCUGAAAUUUAUGUUAACUUAGAAAAUCAAAAGAAAUUUACUGUAAAUUGUGAUAAUUAAAUUCUACUACUUUUCUUCUUG